GACUGAUUCACGGAGUAUUUCUGAUUCCAAACUUAAACAUUUUUAUUUUUCCGCCCUAACGCCGGGAUUAUGAUGAUCCCAAGUGUCCUAGCGCCUCCCGCUCUUUACCCGGGGCUGUACCGACCUGCCGCGGCUCUGCCGUCCGCCUUCCCGGCUCACUCCAGCUUCUUGGUAGAGGACCUGCUGCGGAUAAGCCGACCCACCGCCUUCAUAACCCGAACUGCCCCGCCGGUCGGCGCCUCGUUGCCCGUCGCGUCCUAUAACGGAGCCUCCGCGGUGACGCGCGACUCCUGCUCGCCCAAAACCUCAAAGGAUCCAAGUUUCCUCAAGUUUGGAGUGAGCGCGAUCCUGGCUCCGUCACCAAAGACAGCAGCAUCCUCACCUCCAGCAAUCCACAGUCUCCACUCCAAGACCUUCCCUGUCCCCUGCUUUGACGGAACCUUCCACCCCAUAUUUAGGACGCCAUAUUUACCAGCAACAUCCUCCGUUGUUCCCAUCCCAGGGACCUUUUCGUGGCCCCUGGCCGCCAGAGGAAAACCCCGCAGAGGAAUGCUGAGGAGGGCCGUGUUCUCUGACGUUCAGCGCAAAGCUCUGGAGAAAAUGUUCCAGAAACAGAAAUACAUCAGCAAACCCGACAGGAAGAAACUGGCGUCCAAACUGGGCCUUAAAGACUCGCAGGUGAAAAUCUGGUUCCAGAACCGCCGGAUGAAGUGGAGGAACUCCAAAGAACGGGAGCUGCUGUCGUCCGGCGGCUGCCGAGAGCAGACCCUUCCCACCAAAUCCAACCCCCACCCGGACCUCAGCGACGUGGGGAAGAAAUCCUCCGCUGAGGACGAAGAGGAAGAAGAGGAGGACGAGGAGUUUAGAAGAGAGAGAAUGAGCGCGGCAGGAUGCAGCAUUUCCUCGCCCUCCAUGUCCAGUAAACACUCAGACUUCUCAGAGUCAGACGACGAAGAAAUAACGGUUUCUUAAUUUAUUCUUUUUAUGUCAACUUAUAAUUAGCGAGUUGUUUUUAUGUGACUGUGAACCGAUUUGUAACAACUCAUUACAUGUUUCUCUGUUUUGUUGCAUUAUGCGCACUGGACAGGUUCUGCUUCUGAGAGCGUUUGCUGUUUUUGCACAGCUUUGUUCAACUGUACAGUAUUUUGUACAAUUUGUAUGGAAGUUUUAUGCCAAGAAUAUUGAGUUACUUUCAUCCCGAUACUGAAUAGAGUUGUUUAUUGAGAAAAUGUAGCUAUUUCGUUAAUAAUUUAUAUAAAUUUGUUUAAGUAUGUUGUAUUAUGUCUUGUAUAUAUGUUUUAUUUCACCACUUUUGUACAAACACCAAAUAAAACUGCAAAUGAU